AUGGUCGCCGGAGGCGAUGGUGGAGGCGCCUUUGGUGGUUGUGGUCGUCGAUUGUGUUGGUCGAUGGUGGUGAUGGAUACAAAUCCUACAAUGGAAUCGAUUCAUUCUCAAUCAGCACAUUCACCACCUGAAAAAGGUGUAGCCAAAGCCAAGAGCAAAAAGUCUCCUCUAAAGAAGGCUAAGAAGCCUAUUCUGAAGAGAAAGCGUAGGCUUACGUCUGAGGUAUGGAAGUAUUUUGACAUUCUUGACAAGCCUAAGAAAGAGAAUCUCCCUGAUAAUGAGAAUGACCCUGAGAACCCUGAUGAUGAUGAGAAUGAUCCUGAGAAUCCUGAUGAUGUGAUUGUAGACGAUGAGCCUGAAAAAUGCAAGUGUAAGAAAUGUGGUCAGGUGUAUCUUUCUGAUAGUAAAUAUGGAACUGGAAAUAUGAAGCGUCAUUUACUUGUUUGUUUAAAGAAUCAAACAAUGGAUAUUGGACAGAUGCUUGUAUCUAAAAAUGGAGCAUUGCAACUAGCGAAAUUUAACCCUGAUAGGUUUCGUGAACUGUUGGUGCAUGCAGUAGUUAGACAUGACUUGCCACUUAGCUUUGUCGAGUAUGAGGGUGUUAGGAAUAUUUUUACCUACUUAAACCCAGAAGCCCACUCAAUUUCAAGGAGGACUGUUAGGACUGCCAUCCUUUCUCUGCAUGAGAAAGAGUAUCGAACUCUAGGUCGCAAUUUGCGUACUUUGCCUGGUAGAGUUUGUUUGACGUCUGAUUUAUGGACAUCUAUUGCCACGGAUGGUUAUAUGAGUCUUACUGCCCACUUUAUUGAUGCGAAUUGGGUGUUACACAAGAGACUUCUGAAUUUCUCGUACACGCCUCCACCACAUAGUGGCGUUGCAUUGAAAGAGAAAGUGUAUGAUUUGUUGGUUAAAUGGGGCAUCGUGAACAAGUUGUUCUCUUUUACUUUGGAUAAUGCUUCUGCAAAUGAUGUGCUUGUUGACUUGCUUAAGAAUCAUCUUAAUUUGAAUAGUGCACUUGUGGACGAGGGUAGCUGUUUUCAUAGCCGUUGUUGUGCUCACAUUCUUAACUUGGUAGUUCAAAUGGGGCUGAAAGAAAUAGAUGUUGUUGUUGACAAGAUUAGGGAGUGUGUCAAAUACAUGAAAGGAUCUCAAGCAAGAAAACAAAAAUUAUUGGAAUGUGUUGCACAAUAUUCUCUAGAUUCCAAAAGAGGUUUGAGGCAGGAUGUUCCAACUAGAUGGAACUCAACAUAUCUCAUGCUCGCAAGUGCCAUUUACUAUCGGCGUGCGUUUUGCCAGUUGCAACUUAGUGACUCGAAUUUUAAGCAUUGUCCUUCUCAAGAGGAAUGGGGUAGAGCGGAAAAGAUUUGCCAAUUCUUGAAAGUUUUCUAUGAUGCUACUUGCAUUUUCUCGGGUUCGAAAUAUCCUACAUCAAAUUUGUAUUUUCCAAAGCAUUCUGUGAUCUUGGCAAUUGCGGUUAUAUCUGAUCCUCGUUUUAAGUUUCAGUUGGUGGAGUAUUCUUAUGGAAAGCUUUAUGGUGAGUCAUCCAGUGAGGUAUUCACACAGUGUACACGAAUCCGGGAAAAGCUUUUUGGUCUCUUUAACGAGUACCAAUCUAAAGCUUACAAACCUGAAGUUGUUCAAGGAAACGUUGUUCAAGAAAACCAGGGCGAAUUCAUUGAGGAUUUUGAUGCAUUUGAGAGCCAUUCAUUUGUUUCUAGUGCACACAAAAAUCAGCUAGAAUUGUAUUUGGAUGAGCCUAGGCUUCCAAGAAAUGAAAAUAUUGAUGUACUUGAAUAUUGGAGAGCCCACAAUUAUAGGUAUCCGGAACUUGCAUCGAUGGCUCGCGAUGUGUUGAGUAUUCCUAUUUCUACAGUUGCUUCCGAAUCUGCAUUUAGUGUUGGUGGUCGAGUUCUUGACAAAUAUCGGAGUUCUUUAAAGCCUAAAAUUGUCGAGGCUUUGAUAUGCUCUAGGGAUUGGUUGUUUGGAGGGGAAGAAAUCGACAACGUGAAGUUGGAUGAUGUCAUUGAAGACAUAAUGAACUUGAAUCUAGACAAUGAUCAGUCCGAAUCAGUGGGAUGUUCUAGUUCCGUGAUCAAUGUUGAACCUUGAUUAAAACCUUGCAGGGAUAUGGUAGGGCUCUGUGGUUGAGGCAAGGACAAAUGGGGAGUGGUUUUGUGAAGAAGCCUGAUCUGGAAAUGGAACCAAAUAAUGAAUGGUUCCAGUGAGAACUCGUUUUGUAUUUGAAUGUUUAAUUGUUUAAGUUAGACUUAUUUAGUAUUGAAACUUAUCUUUGUAAGACUCUAAGUGGUGGUGGA